UCGGUACAUAUUGACACGGUUUUCUUAAUAAGCCGAUCGUCGAUUGUUUCAAGGAUAUUUAGAUAUUUGGUUAUAAUCUUUAUCAUGGCUCGGAUCGUAAAUAAAUCAGAGGGGUAAAGAAAUACUGCAACGUUUGACCUAUUUCAUUUGUGUUAAAUUUGGUCGUUUAUUAUAUGCAUACUUCCAAAAAUAACCACAUGAAUUAGGGGAAAAAAAUCGUAAAGUUAGAAUGUUUUAAUGCAUAGAAAUUUAUUGAAAUAGGAAAUGAUGGCUUAUUGUUUAAAACUUUUGAAAAGGAGUUAAUAAUAAAGAAAGGAAGAUAAUUUAAAUGUACAUACAGUGACAAAGUAAUACAGCAGUUAAUAAGUGUGUUAGAGAGAAGCAUGGACAUUAACAUUUCAUAAUUGCAAUGGAUCAUUAGAAGACAAAAAACAAUGGGCAGGAAAAAGAGGAAACGAUCAGGGGUAGAGACAGACACCCCUUCAGAAACAGUUGAGGACAUCAGUGGGACAGAUUCCGGAAAAAAAGGACGUGGUAAAAAAUCUCCCGGUGUUAAAGUAACAAAACUUCCGUCUUGUAGUUUACCAACCAACAUGACUCCUACAUUCUAUGUUGGAGGAGGAAAUGGUGUUUCUUUAGUUGAAGCACCACUAGUAAAUCUUGGUUGGAAAAGAAUAACAGACAAGUAUGAUGAAAGAUUUAAAUUAAAAUGGGUCGAGUGCAAAACUAGAAUCAACUAUGGUGCUUUCAGGGAGGGUGAUCAAUUAGUGAACCAUCUGCCAAACUCACACCUGCUCACAAAUAAACUAGGUUUGCUCAACAGUUUGAAGGAGUAUGAGAGGGUAACUCUGAGCACUAAAGGGAGACUACCCAGGUUAAGAAUGUCAGAUUUUCAUCCCGAGACAUAUAAACUUGAUGAGAAAUCGGACAGGGAGCUGUUUCUUGAAGUUUAUAAAGACAAUGAGAUGUGGAUAUGCAAGCCUGUAGGUAUGAAUCAAGGAAAGGGAAUAUUUAUUAUACGUUCCCGAGAGGCCAUUAAUCAGAUUCUCGAGGAACGAGAACAGAAGAAACAGCAAGCACAGAAACCUGGCCGUCCUCUCAUGAACAGAAUUGUACAAAGAUAUAUAACAAAUCCACUAUUACUGGAAGAUCGGAAGUUUGAUGUACGAGCCUACAUGCUGGUAGCCUCUACUGUACCAUUCUUGAUUUUAUAUCAUAAAGGAUAUGUCAGAUUAUGUUGUAAUAAAUAUGAGGCUGACAACAUGGAUCUUGGUAGACAUCUCACUAAUCAGUUUGUACAGAAGAAGGACCCCAAUUAUAAAGAGAUGAAGGAGAAUACAGCCUGGAGUAUGGACAAAUUCAAUGACUAUAUAAAUCAAAAUAUUAGACCAGAUUGUCCAGUUGAGAUAGAAGAAGAUUGGGUUUAUAAUACAUUUACUAAACAGAUGCAGAAGAUAAUGAUACAUUGCUUUAACAGUGUAAAACAUAAACUACAAUCUCGUAUUGGUUAUUUUGAUUUGUUUGGCCUGGAUUUUAUGGUGGACACAGAUAUGAAGGUCCAUUUAAUUGAAGUAAACACGAAUCCGGCUCUGCACUGUAACUGUGAGGCUCUAAAAGAGGUUAUACCAGGGGUGGUCGAGGAGUCACUAUAUGUGGCCAUCGAAUGUUUCGAGAAAAGCAAGAAGCAUCUCCCAUUGAUGCCGCUACAGAGUUUGAAAAACUUCACAAUACUGUACUGCGGCACACGUCCAAACACGAUCAUUCCCCGUCAAAGUAGGAGUGUGUCACCAGUCAAAGAUAAUAACACUGCCGAAAAACAGAAACCUGCCUUACAAGGAUCUGUGAGACAAGGCACUCGCUCAUUAACACAAAGUACACCUCUAUAUGCAGCAAGUCAGAGGCGUGCUUCAGAGAAAUUAGACUCUUUAUCAAAUGCAAAAGAUACUUCAUCAAAUUCACAAGCAUUAUCAUCUGCUUCAUCAAAAAGUGGAAAAGUCAGUUCAAAUUCAAAACCAUCUGCAAAAUCCAAGCUAGGAAAGGAAGGGAGUGUGGUUUCAAAUGAAGAAGAAAUUAAUGGUACAGAAGAGUCUGUACAAAAUAACAAAGACAGUGAUAAAAACGAACCGUCAAAGAAUGAACUGAAAAAAGAAAAAGUUGGUACUGUAGUUAUUGAUACAUUAUCAAAAACUACUGAUAGUUUAAAUGAGGCAACUUCAGCUCUAGGACGUUUAUCUCUCACACUGGAUCAAGGUGGACUGACAGAUUCUCUUCUAGAAGAGGUCAGGUUAAAAAUGACACAUGCUGAAAUUGUGAAUAAUGCAACAAAGCCCACUUCUGCAAAGUCCACAAGAGAACGUGAAAAUUUAGAACGAGGAAGCUGAUAUGAGGCUUAGAAUAUGUAUAGUCUGUAUCUAUUUCUCUUUCUUUAUAUAGUUUUUUCUCCUGAUGUAGUCAGUGAUCAGUCAUAAAGUCAAAUUGUCAUUAAGAUCUUGUAUUACAUGAUAGGAUAUCUAUUAUAUGUAAGAACGAACGUAUCUGCUUUCUUAAAAGUGAAUUGAACCGUGGCAUCUUUUAUUAGUUUGCCAGUAAUAAGCACAUAAUUUAAUAGAUUUUGUUGUGCUUUCAACACGAUGAAUGACAUUCUGUGAUUAUUAAUUCAGGCUAAAUAUGAUAUAUGAUAAUUAUGUAAACUUCGUAGAGCUUUAAGUGUAUAAGAACAUUUGUGACUCUAAAUAUAAAUUGUUAUUUGCUCUCUUCGUGAUUAUGCUUUCAUCUUAUAUCACAAAAUGAAAUGAAUUUUUUUGCUUUGGUCUUUGACAGAAGCUUAAAAAAUAUGUUCUGUAUUAAGCAUUAUAAUAUUUAUUAAAAAUGUAGUCCGAUAUAGAACUAAGUGGUCAAGUAAACUUUAUAUUUCAUUCAGAGUUUUCUUAUUUAGAUUGCUUCGUUUUUUCCAAUUGAAACCAAUUAUUUGACUGAUAUAAAUUGAUGAUUGGGGUUUGCUUGUAACGUUAUAAGUAAAUAAGUGAUAUUAUAAAAUAUGUGCAUCUCAUUUGCUGUUGAACAAAUCUGCCAAAUUUACAACCAUGUCUAAGAGUGCUUGAAUCUCUUACAUAACUGUAGCUUUAGUGUUAUAUUUUUUUACGCUUGUGCUGUAUAUUUGCUAAAUGUUUAUCUUCUAUUACAAAGUUGAGAAAAUAUAUUUUAGAACAGAUAUUUAUAUGAUAAGAUUUAUAUUGUUGUUAUUAUUCUUUUUGAGAGAAUGAAGUAAAACGAUAUUACAUUAAAAA